CAAUGUCAGAAGCCUGAGGUGGAUUUAUGUAUCCAGCCACCAUUCCAGAGUCCAUUGAAUGGACAACUAUUUCAACUGGAUUUAAAUGGGAUUGUUACAGGGGUACAAAUACUAAUACCAAUUCAGUAUGUAAUAUUGGUAUUUUUAUAUGUAAAUAAUUAAUACAAAGUAAAAUAACAUCAAAUAACGAGUGUAUAUUUAAUUUAUAUAAUUAUUAUUGUUCGUUGUUAAAAGUUAAAUAUACGACACUUGAAAAUAACGCUCCGGGUUCACGCUUCCUCUUCAAAACCGGAAGUGCUGUUCUACCAACAACGGCGCAUUGAUUUUCCUACGACAAUAAGAGGGAGGUCGGGUUUUUAUAAUUUCAAUUCGAGACCAGGAGAGCGACACUGUGGGUCCCAAAGUUUGGGACUCAGCAUACUCAACACAGUCCGCCAUGUUGUCGGACGCAGAUUAUUCUGGGAACACCUCCGGCGCACGGCGAGGCAAGAAGCGUAACUCUGGGGACUCACCAGGUGACGGCCAAACGGUACGUUCUUCUGGGAGGCAGAUAAACGUCAGGGUGAAACGCACUAACAACCCGCCACCCGGACAGAGCAAACGGAAGGCUACAGACACAGAGGAGGAAGACGACCAAUCAGAGAAGAAGUACAGGAAGUGCGAGAAGGCGGGUUGUUCCGCGACUUACCCUGUUUGUUUUGCAAGUUCAUCUGAUAGAUGUGCUAAAAAUGGCUACACAUCUCGCUGGUACCACCUGUCAUGUGGGGAACAUUUCUGUAAUGAAUGUUUUGACCACUACUAUAGAAGUCACAAAGAUGGAUAUGAGACGUUUGCCCUCUGGAAGAAAGUGUGGACGAGUAAUGGAAAAAGUGAGCCCAGUCUAAAAGCUUUCAUGGCUGAUCAGCUGCUGCCCUACUGGGUUCAGUGUACCAAUCCAGACUGCAGGAAGUGGCGCCAGCUCACCAAAGAGAUCCAGCUCACCUCUUCUUUAGCAGCCACGUAUCGCUGUGGCAUGAAGUUUAACAACAUCAAGAUUGAAGGGCCGGACCAGUGCAGCCAACCAGAAGACCUGAGAGUCGCUGAGGUGGUGGAGAACUGGUGGCACUCGAUGCUGAUUUUGCCUCCACUGUUUAAAGAGAGCCCAGCCACCCCUUUCCUGGCUGCUUAUUACCCUGACUGUGUGGGAAUGAGCCCGUCCGGGUCCCACAGCAACCUGGUGAGCGAGCUGAGGGCCGACCACUGCAGAGCCGUCCAGCCGCAGAUUCCAGGUCUUUCCCCGUACUUCCAGCCCUUCUACCAGCCGAACGAGUGCGGCAAAGCUCUGUGUGUCAGACCAGACAUGAUGGAGCUGGAUGAGCUUUAUGAGUUCCCAGAAUUUUCGCGGGACCCAACGAUGUAUCUGGCGCUUAGGAACCUGAUUUUAGCUUCCUGGCACCGGAAUUGCAAGGAAGUGCUGACGGCUGAAAAGUGUGCCCUGCACAUCAUCGUGCGAGGAUUGGUGCGUGUUCGCUGUGUACAAGAGAUGGAUCGAGUGCUUGACUUCAUGACCAGGAAGGGUCUGAUCAACACCGGCGUACUGACAGCACCGAAGCCACUGUUGCCGGAAAAACACCGCACUAGGAGUGUCAUUGUCAUUGGUGCUGGAGCUUCUGGCCUCGCCGCUGCGCGACAGUUGAAAAACUUUGGCAUAAAAGUACUAGUUCUGGAGGCCAGGGACAGAAUUGGUGGUCGGGUUUGGGAUGACAGCUCUCUAGGGGUCACUGUGGGUCGAGGAGCCCAGAUUGUUAACGGUUGUGUGAACAACCCCAUCGCCCUGAUGUGUGAACAGAUGAACUUCAAGAUGCACAAACUGGGGGAGCGGUGCGACCUGUUCCAGGAAGGAGGACAAGCCACUGACCCAUCCAUCGACAAACGAAUGGACUUCCACUUCAAUGCUAUUUUAGACGUGGUGUCUGAAUGGAGGAAGGACAAGACUCAGAGCCAGGACAAGCCACUAGGAGAAAAAGUACAAGAAAUCAAAAAGAACUUUCUUCAGGACUCUGGGAUCCAGUUCAGUGAUCUGGAGGACAAAGUGCUUCAGUUCCAUCUCAGCAACCUGGAAUAUGCCUGUGGCAGCACACUAAACCAGGUUUCAGCAAGGUCGUGGGACCACAACGAAUUCUUCGCCCAGUUCUCAGGAGACCACACUCUGCUCACCAAAGGCUAUGCUGCUUUACUUCACAAAUUGGCCGAGGGACUGGACAUCAGAACCAAGUGUCCGGUUCAGGCCAUCGACUACUCAGGUGAUGUCAUCAAAGUUACUUCCUCCAACGGCACCCAGUGGACGGCACCUAAGGUUCUUGUUACGGUGCCACUGACGCUCUUGCAGAAGAACAUGAUUCAGUUUCACCCUCCCCUUCCUGAGAGGAAGCUGAAAGCAAUCCACAGCUUAGGAGCUGGGAUCAUAGAGAAGAUCGCUCUUCAGUUCCCAUACCGAUUCUGGGACGGCAAGGUCCAAGGUGCUGACUACUUUGGUCACAUCCCGCCCAGUCCUGACAAAAGAGGAAUGUUCAGUGUCUUCUAUGAUUUGGACCCUCAGGGUAAACAGGCUGUGCUCAUGUCCGUCAUUAGUGGGGACUCGGUUGCUGCAGUGAGAGACAUGGAGGACAAAGAGGUGGUUGGCGAGUGCAUGAAGGUGCUCUGUGAACUUUUCAAGGAGCAGGAGGUCCCUCUGCCCGUGAAGUACAUGGUGACACACUGGAGCAAAGACAUGUGGUCCCAGAUGUCCUACAGCUUUGUGAAGAUGGGAGGAAGCGGUGAAGCUUACGACAUCCUCGCCGAAGAUGUGCAGGGAAAAGUAUUCUUCGCUGGCGAGGCUACUAACCGGCACUUCCCACAGACGGUGACUGGAGCUUACUUGAGCGGAGUCCGAGAAGCCAGCAAGAUGGCUGCCGCAUGAGCUAGUCGUCUCAGAACGUACACCAGCACUGACACACGACUCAUCCAAAGCUCUUGGACACUAAUGCAAACUGCUUUGUGUCUUACAAACAAGAUGACUGUUAGGAACUUUGUUCUAGUCAUCGCAUACACAGUGUGCAUGUGUAUGUUUGUGUGCUUGUGUGGGAUCAAAGUUAGUAACUACAUUUACAUUUACGUUAUAAAUACCCAGCCCUGUUUCACUUUUAGGUGUCAUGGAUGUAAGAUCUGUGUGACCUGUUUUCUGCCAUCGUAAAGGUCCAGUUAAAUCUCAAGUCAGUUGCCCUGGACUGACCCAAACCUCAAAACUCUUGAAUGUACAGCACUUAGGAUUCAGGCUUAAGGACGAAAAGGCUUUUUUUUCCGUCAUGUGAAACAAGACAAAAAUUUUAAAAAAGGAUGGAGCCUUGUGGAACCACCUAAAAGGAGACUCAUCCAGCUACAGACUAUAGCACGAGCCUUUUCAGACCACAGUUUGGGAGGCAAUGGGGCGGAGCUACUAGUACGUUGUAUGAGAACAUGUCGUGACAGCAGACGCAGAGAUCGAGUUGGGGGCGUCACACUUUGGAGAGAAAGUGGAGGAAGAAUCAACACUUUUGGACCAACGCCAACCUUUGCUUUGAUGAACAUAUAGACCCAUUUCUCAGUCUACGUUAUCCAAAAAUAUGCAUGUGAAUUUUGGCAAUGGAAAUGGCUCCAUUGAAAGAGAGGUUUUCAGCGCCAAAUACUGUAUAUAUGGUUGUGUGUUUCUGUGUUCUAACUGCAGAUAAGCUCAGUAAACUUUACAGUGAAGCAACAUGGCACACUCAAAAUAUAUUAUAUGGGUCUGAGAUCCUUUUUUCACCUCUCGCCUCUUUCGUCUUGCUGGUAAAUUUUCCAUCUUUUGCAGGUAGCCCUGUCACAUAGCUUGACAUACUUCCAAUGCACCCACUCAUGUUUAUGAAAUGGGUUAGUAGUUGUGCUCUAAUGCCUUAAAUUUAGCUAUCAGCACCGCUGUACUGCGCCUAAAACUGUGGUCUGGAAAUAUUUAUUUAGAAUAUUUAUUCUCAAGGUGCUUGUGGGAUACUGUUGAAAGAAGGACAAUAUUUUUCAUUUCUCAGUUUCUUACUCCACCAGCAUUUUGAAACAAAAUUGUUGAUAAAUCUUGAAACCAUACAUGUUGGAUUUAGAAACAAAAACUGUAGGAUCCAUAGUGUGACCUGAAGGAAAAAAUGUAAAAAAAAAAUUGUAGUCCCUCAAAGUCAAAUGACUUCGGUUGAAGUGUUCCAAAACUAAAAGACAAUGUAAAGAUCUUUAAAUUACUUUCCAGUUGACCUCUUUGAAUAUUCCUUUACCAUGGUCAGAUGUGAUUUUUGAUAGACGAGAGAGAAGUUGUUGUGUUAGCACUUUGAGUUAAAUAGCGUUCUUGAAUGUGUUUUUUGUUGGACGAAUGAGAAGACGACACACUGAGCCCUCGCUGCCUCAGGGAUGUGAUUUUUAUCAUCGGUCUAAUAAUGAACAAUAUCAGGAUUCAGCAAGUCUCUGUAUUUGUGUGCGUCGAUUCUUGUGGCUUUGGUUUGCGGAGUAACAGAACGUUAUUAUUUACAACCAGCUUUGCGCAUCUCUCUGGGACUCCUCAUGCAAAUCCAGUUCUUGUCAUAGAACACGUUUUAUUUAUCUAUUUGUGUGUAAUAAACUAAGCUGUCA